GUCAGCUGAUCCUUUUGCUUGACAGCCUCGUUAACUGAUGGCGUUCGGGUUCAAGAUAUGAUCAGCGAUGUGCGAUAUCUAAGUAACUACCUCGUGACGCCGAGCUGUAUAGAACAGGUACGCCAGUAUAGUUGCAUUGACCGCGGGAAUUUCCAUAGCAAACAGGCGAUCAUAAAGCAAUGACUGACAUUGGCUCCGUCCGGAUUUCCGCGGUGCACCCUUGCGACCGGAAGAGGGCGCUGGUCGCCGGCUUCCGCAGAAAGGGACAAAUCCGGAAAGCGUUGUUUCUGUGUUUACUGUGCGGAUAUGUAGUGUGUGUUAGUCUCGCUUUCGUGCUCAGACCGGAAGUGACCGGCGGACUGCGACCCGGAAGUGCCGACGAAGAAACAGCCGACUGGAGUGACCGUGAUGAACACGAAAGGGUUAAGCGAGCUCUUUUUGGGCUACGAGAUCUCGACGCGGACCCGGACCGGAACUGCACGCCGCGGGCGGUAGACGAGUUCCCGGCUAACUUUUUCACCCUGCGCGAGACGCAACAGGGAGCCAUAGCACUCCAUAUCCUCAUUGCCAUCUACAUGUUUGGCUUCCUCGCCAUCGUUUGUGACGACUAUUUUGUGUCCUCACUGGAGUCCAUAUGUGAACGUCUCGAACUACAGGAGGAUGUAGCGGGCGCCACCUUCAUGGCAGCCGGAAGUUCCGCUCCGGAGUUCUUCACUUCCGUCAUCGGUGUGUUCAUAGCCAAAAGUGACGUUGGUGUGGGGACAAUAGUUGGAUCGGCCGUCUUCAAUAUUCUGUUCAUAAUCGGCGUCUGUGCCAUAUUCGCUGGAAUGAUCGUGCACCUCACCUGGUAUCCGAUGACACGUGACUGCGUGUUCUAUCUGAUCUCGAUAGCCGCCCUUGUGAUCACCAUCCAGGAUGAGAAAGUCUACUGGUACGAGGGGCUGAUACUGGUUCUUCUCUACGCACUCUACAUUGUCAUCAUGUACUUCAACCGCACCCUGGAGGCUCGAGCCAAUGCCUGCAUGGGGCCUCUCUUCGCCCGCUGUCGGCGGUCAUCGGACCUAGAGAAGGAGGAGCGACAGCCUCUCGCUGCUUCCGAAGGUUCUCAUAGCGGCAUGUACGGCGAGCAAGCGGAGACGCCACCGGAAAAGGAGACUGGGUUCUCAUGUGACAGCAGUACCGAAAGGUCGCAAAAACAUGAAGAAAAACAGUACGAGUCGCCGUUCAUAGUACCGGAAGGAGCAUUUCAGCGCCUCUACUGGGCCGUCAUGAUGCCGGUCAAGUGCCUGCUGUUCGUGUCGGUGCCCGACUGUCGGCGGGAAGGUGUCUGGAAGCGCCUCUACAUGCUGACUUUCACGAUGUCGAUCGUGUGGAUUGCGGCGAGCUCCUAUCUCAUGGUGUGGAUGGUGACAAUAAUAGGUGACGCCCUGGACAUACCGGACACCGUGAUGGGUCUGACAAUCCUCGCCGCCGGAACCUCCGUACCGGACUGUCUGAGCAGCGUUUUCGUCGCCAGAGAUGGUUUCGGUGACAUGGCGGUCUCCAACUCAAUCGGCAGCAACGUGUUCGACAUCCUCAUGUGUCUCGGCCUGCCCUGGCUCCUGGCCACUACCAUCGUUAAGAAGGGCGACCCACUCGUCAUCAGUAGCGGCGGUCUCGCCUACUCCACGCUCAUCCUGCUCUUCACCGUCGCCUUCAUGCUGAUUGGCAUCAAUCUCGCCCGCUGGCGCCUAACGAAGCCAUUCGGAGUCGUCUGCUUGGUCGCUUACGUUCUGGUCACCGCGCUCUCCUGCCUGUUUGAGCUGAACGUGUUUGGGGAUUUAAAUCAGGAUUCUUGCCCGCGCUCAGACUGAUUCCCCGCCCACGUAAACAACAGAGCACACGACCGUUUCAUACGAUUACAACACGACCGUUUCAUACGAUUUCAUUUAGACUAACCACUGAAUGUGGAUUUACUGACAGGGAACCACACGCUUGGUCCGUGUCAACUAACUGAACACACCGACGCCCCUGGGCAGACUGACAAUUUCUUCGUUACCUUGAACUGACCGCGGAACAAAAGUGAAAUGGAUUAUCUGAACCCUGACCUUUGCCCUUUUUCCGCAUGAUUUACUUUCUCAAGACAUAGGACUUUGUGACGACUGGCCUCUCUAUAUAUGCCCAAGCACUUUCUUACACUUACGACUUUACCUCAUCCCUGUUGUCUGACCUUGACCGCUGCCGUUUUACUUUCACUCACCACUUAAACUCUGCUCUAGGACUUACCGACUCUGACCGACUCCCCAGUACGUUCCGACCCUGACACCUGGAUUCAUGACCUCUGACCAACUGAUCUGCCCUUCGACUGACUCCCGGCCGCACGAGAAUUGCAGCUAGUCACAUCACCAGGAUCAACCAUCGCUUGUUUUCUUUAUAUCAUCAGUCCAAUGUAAAUGCCCCAAACAUUAUUUCAGCUGCAAAUUGACACGACUGCUUUCGCAGUGAUGUUUCAGAACAGUGUAUAUUUAUAACAGUAAAUGUUUUUGUUUUGUU